AUGUCGGGGGGAGGUUCCCUCGCGAUCCCAAGCGGCUCACGCCCUGAGAAGAGGCAUUUGGCAGUGACUAUUGCAUGGGUGAAAGGACGCGCCGCCCCCCGUGGUGAGUCGAUGACGCCGAACUGCGGCGGAGACGGGGAGCGGCGCGAAAAAGGGAGCGAGGCCACAGCCUUGCGCAAGCUCUCUGAGCGGAAGCCCAGCUUCCGACGGGUUUUGGCGGUGGAAGGGUGGUGUGUGAGAGCCGAGUUCCAGCGGCCUGCCAGGUCGCAUCGUCUUCAAGUCGCGGAGCGCCCAUCGCAGGUUCCGGGUUUCCGGGUGGUGACCGGGGCACUGGAGACCUCGCAUCGACAUCACAACUACUUGACAGCGACCUUCAAGGCGUUCCCGUUCCUCGAGAAGUCCCUGUUUUCCCAACCCAAUUGGGUGGGGCAAUACCUCCGGGCCACACUAUCCAGUAAAGAGGCCGUGGAGGUCUUGCUGGGCAGCGCGAAGACCUUGGAGUUGCAGACAUUGGUGUCGCUGCAGCUGAAGGGCAGCGAAAAGACGUCGCUGCAGAGCCAAGACAUGUGCUUCAACGACUGCCAUUUUCAGGUGGUGCAGCAGCACGUGCGGAGCUUACGAGAUCUCGCCGAUGGCGAGCUCUUGCUGCAGAUCAUGCGCGAUAUCAACCCGCAGGACCGGCGUUUUCGGGACUUCUCUGGUUCGGGCACCGCGCUGGACGUGCUCCGCGCCGGGCUGCAGCAGCACUUCGCCGGGCGUACCCGCCACCUGCCUGCUUCACUGCUGAGGAUCAUGCUCUUAGCCGAACGCUUCAGUGAGGAACCCGAGACGCCGGAGGCCGGCGGCGUCAGCGGCCGUGCCUCGAGCGCCUUCGGCAGCAUGAUGCCACGCAGCUCCGAGCUCGCGUUGCCGGAUUUCUUGGAAGUGGGUCUCGACCCGGAGACCCGCUUCCGGCGCCUCAAGGAGCAGCUGGAGCGGAAUCAGAGCGGAAGCAGGCAUUACAUCGCGCUGAAGGAAGAGCAGGAACGUUGGGAAGAAGAUCGCCAGAAGUUGAUGUCGGACUUGGAAUCUGAACGCAGCAAGCGCCUCGAAGCGCAGGAGACGUGCGAGAAGGAGCGCCUGGCGCGUGCGGAGCUCCGAGUGGCUGAAGAGGCCCAGGAUCGUCUCCGUGAGGAGCAGCGUGCCGCGCUGGAGAUGACGCCCGUCCUGGCGGUGGAACGUUACCAGAGCGAGCUCCGGCAGAAGGACGCCGAGAUGGAGCGACUGCGGGAAGAGUUGGAAGUCGCCCGCGUGGAAUCGCAGAAGGCUCAGAAGUUGCAGAGUCAACUGGAGAUCUUCAAGAAGAGGCUUGAGGAGUGCCAAGUCUGGAAGAGAGAGAAAGAAGAGCUCCGAAGGCAGCUGGAUGAGAUUACCUCUUCCAACAAGGCGGGUUCCGGCACCGUGGAGCAUUUGCACGGACGCUUGGCGGCGCUGCGGGAUGAGCUGCAAACGGCCAACCGCGAGCGCGACCAGGCGCAACUCCAGGUGAAGCUCCUCCAAGGGGAGCUGGAACAGGCCACCCUCGCCGCCUCCACUGGCCCCGCGCCGGCCACGGCGCCCGCCGCGGCGCCGUUACCGGCGACGCUGCCGGUGGCGCCGGUGGCGUCGCAGCUGGCGGCGGAGGAGCGGGAGGAGCUGCGAGCGGCGAACCGAGAACUGCAGUCGCAGGUGGCGUUGAGAGAACGCGAACUUCAAGUCUUUCACUGGCGUAGUCAGGCAGAGAGUAAUACCUUGAAAGCGCAGGAGUCACUGAUGGCCUCAUGCUUCCAUGAGCUGGGGCUACGACUUCAUCAACUGCAGCUGCAGAAUGCGCAGCUGCAAAAGCGGACUGGAGAUGGUCGCGACAUGGAUGAGGAGACCUAAAUCGCUUUGCAUGCCGACUGCAGGAUGCAAAAAGUAACCUGCGGCCGAUACCCAAAUACAAGAUACAUAAAGAAGAAC